AUGGCUAUUGAAGUUACGGGAACUGAUGAAAUGCCUAUUCAAGUUAUGGAAGCUAAUGAAAUCAUGUUUAAAGUUUUGCCCAUUGAUGACGAAAAGGCUAGAGUCCAUGAAAUUUUGUAUGAAAAAUCCAGGGAUUUUGCAUCAUGUAGCUGCAAACAAUUUGAUAGUUCAGGAAUCCCAUGCAACCAUCUUUUGGCAUAUUUGCAUAAAAUACAUCAAUUUCAUAUAUUGCCAGAUGAAUACAUUUUGAAGAGAUGGAUUAAAUCUGCAAAAUGUUCAGUUACAGUAGACAACUCCAAUGUGGAGAUAUCUGUUGACAAAUCCGUACUUGAAAGGCGUGGUACAUUAUUCCAACAAUAUUCACAUUUGAUUGAUAAAGUCAUUCUAAAUGAUGAGGCAAGUAAACUCUUUUGUGAGGCGAUGGAUGUUGUGAAUGAGAAGAUUAAGCCAUUUGUUGGUGGUACCAAUGAAAAUGUGGAACCUCUUGCAACCAAAGGAGAUGUGGAAUGUCGAGCAAAAAGAAAAUCGAUAGUAGAUGAUGUUGGUUUUCUUGAACCUGAUCCUAUUAAGACCAAAGGAUCUGGAAAAAGACUUAAAAGGGGAAAAGAGAAAGGAAAAAUGCAAGAAGAGGGUUAA